GGCUGUGCCGCUUUCCUGGCUGGCGCAGGGGCGAUGGAGGCCUUCCGGCGGGGCUUCGGGUUGGCAACUGCCCCCAGGCCAAGUCCCUCUUCAGACGCUGGGAAGGCGCAGAGGGAGCCCUGGAGGAAACCAGCGCUGCACCUUUUGGCUCUGCGGUCCCGCUGCGAGCGCCAGAGAAUAUGCAGGCUUCGACGUCCACCCAGUGGCAUCUCCUAAGAGCGAAUGAGUCCGAGGAGGCUCCAAUCGGGCCCCAGAAUUCCUCUGUCUCCCGGCUGGAAGAUCUUCGUCUCUCCAUGGCACUGGAGGAUUCUUUACGGCUUUCUGUCUCAGCACUGGUGUUUGCUUCCUUCUGUGGAUGCGGGAUACUGAUUCCUUUUUGUCAGCCACAAAAACUUAUAAUACGGGGGAAGGCCUCAAAAUGGUUGAGUGUCUACGCAAAUGGGCUUGUGUGCUUGGCUUGUGUGCUAGCCCUGGUGUCCCUCCUUCUCUGGAUUUAUGAACAAGGACUCUCUGCUGCCUUCGUUGUGCCCAUCAUCUUCCUCCUCUAUGCGAUACUGGUCACGUUGCUGCUUAUGGCCACUCUGGCGUUCGAGCUGAACAUCCUUCAUCAGGUCACAGACAAGGCAGGACAACGUAUAGUGAACUUUACCACCCCUGGAGGGAUGAUCUUGGCUGCUCUGACAUCCAGUCUGCUCAUAAAGCAGAUUUAUCAGCUCCAAGAGAAAAGAAAUGCUGAGCCUGUUGACUUAACGGCUGUCAUAGCUGGAACAUCUGGGAUCUCUCUCCUUCCUCUCAUAGCUAUCCACGUGCUCUACUGCAUGGAUCUAAGAAAGCAGGAAGCAAAAGAGCGAGUUUCCCGAAGGGAAAAACAGAGGGAGAUGGAUGCCAUCUAUUUUCAACUUAAUUCAAUAGUGAGCAGACCGUCUGAGACAUGAUGAAACUGGGCCUCACCAGAGCCCCCUUCCGCACUCGCUUGAAGAUGAGAGGUGUGUGCUUGUCCCGUCCUUGUCUUGUUGGAUUUUGCCAGGCUUUCCAUGUAAACUCCCACUCCAAGACUUUCUAAAAUGCUUGGGAACUGUAACUGGGUGUUCAGAAUUCCACACGAGCAAUAAAAGGCACUGAAAGGUCA